AUGGACUCUGCUGUAACAGGGUCAAAAAAGCGUAAGGGUGGUGGUGGCAAUACUCAGCUGAAAUACGUCUACUCUGGAAUGGGUGGCCAGAGGGAAUUUGUCUCCCACUGCGUGGAGCUGUGGAAUGCCUAUCAUUUGAAAAAAGGGAAGAAUAAAAAGAAAAUUCCACUCUCGAGAGAAGUGCAAAAAGUCCUCGCCAAGGCCGGGUAUGACCAGAAGUCUAAACAUUUCAAUGAUAAAGGGUUGCUACCGAGGCUCAGGGGAAAGAAGUUGCGUGUGGUGUGGUAUCAACCCGAGGAGAGGAUACUGGCAUGCAACGAUGACAAGGGAGAGCUCUUGCUAGUGUCUGAUGUGGUUGUACAGAGAGGCGCGUGCAAGAGGGAGGAGGAGGUUGGGUUGUUCUCGACGAGGGCUCGUGAGUUGGGCGAGGCGUGCUCCUUCGUCCACUUCGAAGAUGAUAUAGUUGGAGGAGUUGGAGACUUGUUCGACCCGGAAUCGAGUCUGCACAAGCGGGAAGGAAUCUUCGAGAAUCCACAGCAUGAACCCAAAAGAUUCAAAGCUCAUCUGUCCAUCGGCGCCAAGACGAAAAUCAAUCCAGGCUUUGCUGCGAGGAAAGCAACUCCUAAGAGGAAUACCCAAAAAGAGGCAAAAUUCGACUUCAACAAAGGCACCAUCGCUACCGCUCUCUUCCCACAUCGUCCUGAUGCCGUGGAGAUCGUACCUAAUACUUGGAAGGAACUCAGCGAGAGCUCUGCAUCUAAACGCACCUUCACUGGAAUGGUGAAGGUUGUGUACGGCAAGAAGUCUACUUUACAGCAGGAAGUGAAGUUGGAAGUUGACGCUGAUGUUGACAGUUUGAACGACCUACGACGUGCACUAGGGGUCCCUGUUGUGGUAGAGGCCUUGCCUCUAGCUGCUACUAGUAGUCUUCCUCUUACAACGACUAUGGAGAUCAACUUUAAAGUCACCAAGAAGAACGCGUUGAAGGUCCUCGGAGAUGAGAAAAAAAUAAAAAAGUAUUUCGUGAAAACUGACAUCGCCACGCCGUCUCGAAUCACUUCUGACGGCGAAAUUGAUACUGAUGUGGUAUUGCAUGAAGGGAAAAUGAGGCCACGAGUAGUCGUAGUGGCGGAGCCUUUGAGGUGGAAAGUCACUGACCAUAGCGCAACUGGGCCGGUGAGAAUUUGGAGGGACGAGAGGAAGUUCAAGGAGUUCACGGCCACUGUGCAAUUCCAUGAUACACCAAGGAGUAUCUUUGAGAAAAUCUUCAAGGGGCCUCUGGUGAGGGAUGAGGGUGGACAGGAGGAGAGGGAACGUAGAUUACCUGUGGAGGAUAUUGAACAGCGAAGGAUUGAUAUUGUUGAGGAUGGCCUGAAUGGAUAUCAGGGGAACUUCAAUACUGCUGCUGGUGGUUAUGAUGAUGAUGAGGAGGAGGACGAGGGAACUGAAAUGCUCCACGAGGAUGGAGGUAACGGAAGAGAGGACCAAGAAGGGGAGUAUUAUGAUGACGAGAACUUGCUGCAGAUGUUUGACGAUGGCUCGGGCAGGAUAGAUGAUGAUGAUGGAGAUUUAACCUUUUCCUUUGACGACUAA